ACUCGUGCGAUGAUUUAUCCUUUUCUGUACAGUUGCGUGACCAGACUCAAAUUACACACGGGCUUUCAUCACGCAUCACAGGGUUUAGUCCGAGGCUAAACGACGGAAGACUUCAGUAAACUGCGGCCACUUGCGAUUGAAACGACUGUGGUAAGUAAUUCUUAGAGAUCUCGAAUCCCAUUUAGAACUAACACGCCGUUUCUAGCGGCUUCAUUUUAGGUGCAGAAACUCGAGGUCAAUAUUUACACUCCAUGAGAACUUAACAGCGUUGUCUUUUUCAGCUACUUGCGUGCAAUCAAAUGCAGUGUUAAUCUACUUAGCUCUUUUUUGUAACCAUCAAAUUGAAAAGCCUUUUUCAAAAGGUUUUAAGAACUUCCCGUAAUGUGCCCCUUGUAAAAGAAGCUAAGUUAGCAAAAAGUUUUGUGUACCCACACUCGCGGCUAGCUUGUUUUCAGCGUUCCAACGAGAGAAAAUACGCUGCACGUUUCGGUGUCUCAGCGACGCACUUUUGUAAUGCCGCCAAAAAUUUUUUAACACAAGAAACGGCAAAGGAUGUGCUUUAAAAUAGUGUUUGUUUCAUGUUGAAAUUCCUUGUAUCAAUUGUUUUUUUCGAAGGUGAAGUUAGGUCAAAUUUGCCAUUUUUGAAAACAGGCGAAAUCGUCUUUCUUCUUGCGGCCAACACAGUCACAUUUAAACAGCUUAUCUAAAGAUAAUUGCAGAAUUAUAAAGUACAAGUCUGUGUUUUCCUUGUGACUUGAUUUCAUUUAGAGAUAUCGUCCCGUUUUUAUGUACGAGCGCGAAGAAAAUGCUUAAUUUUCGCUAAUUUCAUACUCGAAAGAGCGCCGAUUUGGUGUUUUUCAUACUUUGCCCGAUUCAGGAAAAAAUAAAAAGCCGUUACAAGUUUUAAUGUGAUUUUUGAAAUAAGUGUACUAUAGAGAUUAUGUGGGCAGAAUAUGAAGAAAUUCAAAAAUUCACGACUGUCAACCGAUUCUCGAAAAUUACAGACAUUGGCUCUUAACUAUUUGAAUUAACAGUAAUAAAUAAUGGCAAAGGUCGAAACUCGAUAGCUGCUUUCGUAGAAUCAAUGCUUCCAGUUGACUGGACCAGUUUACAACGCAAUGCCGCGCGAGGUAACAUUCCACGAUGGCCAUUCCGUUAAAACGAAAGCAACAGGCAAUAUCUGGAUGUAUAUGCAAUCGAACUUGAAACAAUCUCAGAACCAAGCAGAUAAGCUCAAGAAACUUUCAGACGUCAAACGCAAAGUUAACUUCCGGUCCAGUCAAGUGGAGGCAUUCAUAAAUCGAAAAGUCAGUAAUCAAUUUGUACAUUUAAUCUCUUAAACUGUUGUUGGAGUGAAUUUCGUGAAAAAACCGCUCGUAAUAGUUGAGUACGGCUUGAAAAUAAAUUGGUCCUCAAAUUAAUUUCAUCCCUUGUCUCUUUUCUCUUACUCUCUCUUGAAUUGUUAAUAAAUUAAUAACCAACAAUGAAACGCGAGACAAUAAUAACAGCACAGCAGUUUCAAGAAUAGAACAAAACAGGUAAGAUUUUCUCUCUUAUUUAAUUUCCAUUUGCAGUUUACAAAUAAGAGCGUGGGUUCCCUAUGGUGCGAACGUCAUUCAACUACAUUUUCUCUUUUAUCGUUUUUGUAAAGUAAACCAAAAUCCAUAGAACGUGUCUUCGGAAUCUCAGGCAAAAUGUAGUUUUUUUAAAUCCUUAACACUCCCAGGCGGAUUCACAAAAAAACUCUUCCAGUAUCUCCAAUUUGAACUUGAAUUUGCACCACCAUAUCGUCACCUGCAGACUUUAAAAAUAGAAUACGCUCUCACGAAAAACCUGAAAACUUAAGCUUAGACAGCACAUGAUCAAAACAUGUUCGUACGGCUCCGAAACGUUGUCAAUUUCACGACAGAGACUAACCGACAACAAUUCAUUGGCCAAAACUGACAGGUUAAAAUGUGAAUUCGUGGCGCUUCAAGGAUGGUCAGCACUCGUUAAUAUCCGUCGAAAGGCCCUCUCAUCUUCGGUCGGAUUUCGUAAACGUAUGACGUCACGCUCGCUCGAAGUUUAAAAUAUGUGAUUCAUCCGCACUUCGAUCGUCUAUAUCCAUAUCCGACUUGUUUGAUUUUUGGUUAGGGGUUUUGUCCCAGUUUUUCGAUCAUUCCUCGAUUGAUUCCAAUCAAUUCAAACAAGAAGAUGCCACUGCCUCCGUUUAAAGGAUGUUUUGAUGUUUCAAACCUCUUCUUACUCUACGGGGAAAAGGAUCUUUCGGUGAAUGUUACUGAAUAACAUCCUUUGAAUGGCCCCAGAUCUAGGUGACAAUUAUACAUUAUUACUUUCCUCAUUGAAUACAUGUAAAGUGUAAAAAUCUCCAUACUUAUAUUUCACACUUGAGGAGAAGGAUCAAUAUUGUUAUUUAUUUAAUAAUAUUUCUGUCUGAUUUUGUUAAAACGUGGCCACUGGGUCGGUUUAGCUGGAUAGGCCAGGGACUGCCCUAACAGAGGGUGGGUGGAUCAGGCCUGGGGGCCAAAACUAGUCGGUUAGAGAGGGGAGCUAUUUUGACACAAUUCCUUCAGUAAGUAGCAGUGUUCAAUAGAGGCUUUGACUGGCAAGUACCUUGUUCUUAAGUUGCCCUAGCCACUGAGUUGAAUCAGGCCCCUGCUGAGAAUGAUAAUGUUAAUAGCCUUAGUCUUUAUUUUUAUAUUUUGCACGCAUUGUCCCGCCUCGAAUAACCUUGCUAGCUGCGGUCAAUACUUCUGUAAUUUUAUCUGGUUAUUAAUUAAGUUUUGUUGCUGUUGUUGUUGUUGUUGUUGAUAAUUGCAGACCUUAGUGGGAGGCGCAGACAGUCACCCAUUGCCCUGGGUGGGGAGGAUCAAAGUCUUGGUACCAAGGAAACACUUAGCAUAGGACCUGUAGACACUCAUUGAAGCCAUGUUUACAUAAAUUCAGUCAGAUUUAUUUAUUAAUCUAUUUAUUUAGGCCAGGAGCCCAUGAAAAUGUGCUUAAGGCACUUUGGUUUGAAGCCAUUGAUACUAUGAAGUCUUCAUCUACAUGAUGUCUACAAGUUGUUUCUAGGGAAAGGUUGCCUAUCACGUCAAUGGAUUUGUUCAAGAUUUUUUGAAUACUUUUCUUUAACAGUACAUCAAAAUGAAUGAAUGGUGGAAUCAAUAUUUUUAAUUCAACUUGAGUACCCCUCAGAGUUUUGACUGUGCUUUUUGUUGUUUUGUCAAAAGUGUCCUGUAAAAACUGAAAGGGAAGGGUCUAGAGAAUUUGGAAGUGGUAUCUUCCCAUCUGCAUUAGCCCUUCCCUCUCUAAAGGCAUAUCAUUCAUUCUAGAAAGAAAGAAAAUGCUCUGUCAUUCGAUCAAUCAAGUAGAGCAGAUGCCAUUUAAUUUCAUGAAGCAAAAACAAACAGGGAAAAAUAAUAUUAUUCAACAGUAAGAUUGUUUUUCUUGUUUGAUCAUCAAUAAACUUCCCUUCAGUUUUCUACAAGCGUUAUUGACUGUGUGAUUUGACUGGUGGAUUGAUUUAUGGUGCCCUCUUGAUCCUCCUUUCUCUCUCCAUAUGUUUAUUUGUUAACUUAUUCAGUAACAUAGUGUUGACCAAAUUACUCUUGAAUUAUGCUUCUUGUGAAAGGCAUCUGUUCAACCGAAGUGCCCCAUGGAGAUAGGAGUAUUUGCCACCUAUGAUCUAUCAUGUAGGCAACUAUUCUGCAAAGAAUUUUAGGUCUUAUUUGACCUCUAUAUGGAUGUUUGUUACCAACAAAAGAUGUCUUUAUACUUACAAUAGUUUGGAAAUGCAGAUUUUUAACAUAGAAAUUGCUGUGAACCCAGAUUAGUGUCUAUUAGUAAGAGGUACAUGUAAGCUUAUAGGAGGUGUCUGUUAACAGAGGUUCUGUACAGUACCUGAUGGAAAUUGGGAUUUUUUCCCCUGCUCAAGCUCUGUGCAAACUAAAUGUCAUACAUGUUGAUGCUACCACUUAAAACAGUAGUUUAAGAACAUGAGUGAUGUUCAGAAUACUGAAAGGUCAAAAAUAUUACUUUGUCUAACAAUGUAAAUUAUAAUAAUUAGAACGUACCAUUACUAUUACAUUAUUAUUGUACAAUUACAAUAUUACAGUCAUCAUUAUUACAAAUUUUGGCAAUACUACGUAAAAUAUGCUUACCAUGCAGACAAACUCAGCCACAGUCAUAGCUGCGGUGGUGGUAGGGAAGGGUGGGGGAGGGGGGGGUCGCCCCCAACCCCCUUCCGUACCACCACUGCUGCCAUGUUUCUCAACCCAAAUUGGUCAAGUGGAAUUGUUGUAGCAUCCAGGGCGUACGUUUUCUACCCUCCGACGACUCAAGAAGCACCAUGAAGCAGGAUCGUUUUAGCCUUUGUUUGAACAACUACCUACUUAUGCGUACCCAACUGUCGAUUGCGGAUUCCAUAGACACUGUUAAGAUCUCAAAGAGGUUUGCUUGUGCCAACGAACUUAACAAAUGGUAUUUUGGGAAUGGAGUAGGGUUAUGGUCAACGGCCCUCUUUGUAUAUGAUAAUUUAUGACAUAACAAAAGUAAAUGGCGCGCUCUGAUUGGUCAGUUAGCCACUACCAUUUGCCCGUGGGUGCACGCCAAGAAACUGAGCUAGCGCGGUAAAAUUUAGGCAAAUUCAACAAAUCUCGUCUCCUGACGGUAAAAUACACUGAUGAAAUGCACAGAUGAAAAGUGGAAGUUGAAGAAAAUACUAAGCUGUCGUUUUGAAGGAAAAAAGACAAAAGAUCAAGCGGCAAAUUUGCCCUGGGUGAAUUAAUCACUGUUUUCCUCGAGGCUAGAAUCGGUUGAAGGAAAAUCGAGCGAGCGAAGAUUUAAGGUACAUUUUGUGUGUUUUUUAUAGAAGAGAAAGUCUGUUCGAAAUGUAAAUUUCUCAAUUAGCAUUGUGUUGUUGACUUUUUGGUCAAGCUGAUGCUAAAUUCAAGCAAAUAUUUUAGGAAACACGCUCAAAUUCAAGACAGCUUUGUUGUGAAGUUUAAUUUCAUCGCAUCUAUGAAAAAUUUUAGUUGAGUUUAAACGGGCACACUACGCUGUAAUAAGCGAAUUUCAUUUGAGCAUUUGAGUGUGUAUUAUUUUGUUCCUCGGUGUUCAUUCAUAACAGUCGUUCAGAGAAAGGUCUAAAAACAACAGCUUCAGCGCCGGCUGUUUGUCGGCGAAUUUCAGUUGCAACUUUGACUUUCGUAGCUGGAUUUCCCCAGACAGAUUUCGAUACAAAGCUAGUUAAUUUCUUUUUAAAAUUAGUGUUACCUGUUAUUCUAAAGGAAUUACAGUCACAUUUUCGCAUUUCUACGUUGAUUUAAAAAAUUGUCACAUAAAUAACAGGGGCACCCAACGAGAAUAUAGUUCAAAACCACUUAAACAUAGCAUUGUUAAACGUAUUUUAGUAUUUAAAAGGUAGAUAUAGGCAUAUUUUUAUUCCUUAGAAAUUUUUAAUCUGUUCGGAUUUCCUAGCUGAAAGUCUAGUGAUCCGAAAAUGAUAGGGAUCAAAAUUUACCUUUUCAAAAAUUUCAGCCAGAAAAAAGGCUCCCGAAAAUUCUAGGUGACCUUUUAAGGGUUAAAAUCCGUUAAAAAUGGGCAAUUAUAACAUUUUUUAGAAGUUCGAAAAUCCUAAGGAGAGGCAGGCAAGCAAGAAAUUUUACAGCAAAUGUUACGAAAAUUCUAGAUCUCAAAUCGUCUUCCGAACAGAUAUUUUCCGAAAAUUGUCGUUGGGUGCCCCUGAAAUUAGCUUGAUAGUUAUUUCAUUUAUUCAGUUUUAGCUUAUUUUUUAGAGUCUUUUUAGUUGGUGUUUAUAGUUGUAGCUAUAGUUUUCCCUCAAAGUUUUUACCCUAAUAUCAAGAGCAAGUAGACAGAUGCCAUUCAGAAUAACAACGAAAAACGUUUUGCAAUUUACCUGAAGACGGAGAACGGUUGAUUGAGCGAAAGAAAAACUCAAAGGGGCGGGCAGAUGGCAGCAUACAUGAACUCGGACCGAUGACUCAACCGAAGGCAAAUGCUGGAAAAUAAUGUUUUUCUCUUUUGAUUAUGUUAUAAAAGAAAUGGUAAACGUUGCAGCUGUACAACCAUGGAGUUAUGGAUGCACUUGGGAGGUUUGCUAAGCACUCAAGAAGCUAGAGUCGCACUCCGCUAUCGCCUCGUGCGACUCUUACGCUUCUUUCGUGCUUAACAACCUCCCGCGUGCAUCCAUAACUCCAUGGUUGCACGCUGCACGUUUACCAUUUCUUAAAUAGCUACUACUCACCUGUGCCUCCAAAGCCUUUGCUGGCCUUUUUGCACGAAAAUUUUAUGGUACUUCGAGUCUCAAAAUCUUCGAUUAGCUUGUGGGCUUCUUUAGCAGAUGAAACAGAAUAUAAAUUAUCAGACAACUUAGUGCAAGCUUUGACUUUCCGUUGUUUAAUGUUGGCAUACUUCGCUUUCUUUUGCUCUCUCUCUUUUUCUACUGUUUUUUUGUGUGAAUGUUUUGUGUAGUGUGUGGUGUGCGGUCCUGACCCUUUAAUAUAACCAUUUAUUAAUAACCUAAGUUAAGGCUGCCCUAUCUUUUUAGCCCUCAAUGGCUAUUAUGGGUAGCCUGUACUCUCUCCAUAUUUCUUUCCAAUUUUUUUUUCUCAUGUAAAUCAAUGUAGGGUACAAAUAAAGUUGUUGUUGUUGUUGUUGCAAACAUUCAUUGUUAUUCGACAGAGACAGACAUUAAACACAAGGAUAAUUCUCUGUAUUUUGUAUUCCCACCAAUAUUUGAAAAAGUUGUUAAAGGAGGCAGCUGUUCGAUUGAGUUUUAUUUCCUUGUUCGUGUAAUUCUUCAUGAAUGCCAUUCCAAGGGAUGUUACUUGGUAACAUCCGCUGAAAGCACCUUCUUGAUGCGCGAAGAGGCUUGAUCGAGGCGAAACAUUAAAAUAUCCUUUCCAACAGAUGCAGUGGCAUCUUCUUGGUUUAACCAAUCGAGGGAUGAUCGAAAAAGCAAAACAAGACCUCGAGCUAUUGUUGAAGUAUGGUAUCGAGGGUUAAACUUCCAAAUGCACACACUGUUCGCGGUAGGCCAACACUAAAAUAACACUGAGUGUUUUUAUAAUCGGCUGGUCUGCGAACUCAAAGAAAAACAAAGGAAAUUGUCAAGACAUUCAAAGACCAUGGACCUCAUAGACGCAAUGACAAAUCGGAAUGUCGAGAGUGUACGUGUAAAAUCAAUAAGAGUUUGAACAGAAGAAUGGGUAUCAAGUUUGAGAGUGGCAAGAUUUGUGUAGUUGGUGAUCAGUGUGACAAUAAUGAUUUUGACUUUCACAAUACGGAAAACAGAGAGUUGCAUGCGAUAAAAAUAUCUUCCGUUGAUGGAAGAGAAGAUUGUCAACAUAUUGAAACCAAAAGGGACUCAAGCUUGUUUGGGAACUACUAUGAUAGCAGUAACAAUUCUUCUUAUUCUUUCAAUUUUGUUUAGCGAGUGACUGUUAAUGUACUUGUUUUUGUAUUGCGCGUUGUGUUUUUCAUGUAAUUGUGUAUAUUGUGACGUGCGUGGUACAUGUACGAUGCUCGGCGUCGGGAUUUUGCAUUAUCAGCAAGUUUUGUGUUAAGAGUGUUUUGAUGUCAGUGAGGUGACGACAAGAAAAGGUAAUGAGUCAAUUGUACAGAAGGAAAAUUGUUUUGCGGAGGAAAUAAAUGGAUCAACCGAUAUGAAACCAUAAAUUAUUUUGAAAAAAAAAAAAAAACCAUAUCUAGAUACUCGUGCCAGAAUGUUAAUGGGAUAGUUAAAUUACAGCAUUUUUUUCUCUCGUACUCUAUUCGGCACGCAUUAUGGUGUAAACAGCGUACAGUUUCCCUUACAUCAGGGUACUGAAAAUAAGUUACAGCAUUUUACUCCUCGCACUGCGCUAUUCGGCACGUAGCAUAAAAGUUACUUUAGUUUAAUAUAAAAGUUAAAAUGGGUUGAGACGUUCUCCAUCUUGUACUAAAUUUGCCAUGCCCGUAAAUCGUGUUAUAAAAGGCUGGGACUGCGUGAUUUUUGACUGAAAUUGAAAAAGAAAAGGAAAAACAAAAAUUUUCCCCUGUCCUGUGUACCUACUUUUCGCAUUUGCUAUAUCUUUAUAAGGAAGUUGAAAUUAAGGUGUUUUGAUAUGGUUUUUAAGAGGCCAUACCCAUAUUUUUCAAUAGCUUUUAAAGUGACUAAACCUUGUCUGAUCGCUAUAAAAUUUUCACCAGGGAUUGACUAUAGAUUAAAAUUUGUUAAAAUGAAGGUCUUAGUAAAAUCGAUUUUACUAUGACAACAAUAAACAAAAAACUUUGAAACUGAUAAAAGUCUAAUUUGACGCGAUCAAGACCAACUACUGAAAAUCCAACACUAGGAACUUAAAGUUUGGUGUUUAGCAAAUAACCUACGUAAGAAGCAAAAAAUUUUGUAUGUUUGAAUUCGACUAAAACGAAAAUAUAUUUCAAACCUUACAUUCUCAACAGCCGUGAUAGAUUAUUUGAUAAAAACGUUAUGAAUGACUCAUAUUAUUCUUAAGUAGCGUCAGAAUGCUGCUUAAUAUCAUAUUUCGAUGCUAGGAAAUUUUGGUCUAUUUACGUUCUUGCGAUCUUAAAAACUAACCCCUGUUUUGACGUUAUGCUAAUUUUUCCAAAUUAAUGUCGACAAUACAUAUAUCCAUGACUAUUACAUUUCAGUGUGAGUAUUGCGAAUGUUUUACAUUCAAAAGAUGCGAUACAUUCAAACUAAAAUGUACUAGUCGUGGAGGUAUGUAUAGUGCGCAAACACACGGAAUUUUUUACUUCUUACAGAGAUUGUUUGCUAAACACCAAACUUUAAGUUCUUAGUGUUGGAUUUCCAGUAGCUGGUCUGGAUCAUACAAAAUUCGGCGUUUAUCAAUUUCAAAUUUUUUUGUUGAUUGUUGUCAUAGUAAUAUCUAUUUAACUUAAAACUACAUUUUCAAAAAUUUCAACCCACAGCCAAUUUAUUUACUGGUGAAAAUUUUAUAGCGAUCGGACAAAGAAAAAACUAGCCUCCCACGCAGACGUUCUUAUGGGUUCGUCAUGCGUUCCCACGAACGUCUGCUGAACCAAAAAAUAUAUUCCUUUCCCACUGUUCGCAAAUAUCAGCUGGAGAUCACAUGCAGAUUAUCGAAGAUCCAAUCAGCGCUGUUGAUGUCAAAGUGUUGAAAAGCCAAACACUUACGUACAGGCUCUGCAGAUUGUGAUAUAUGACCAAAGAUUUUUGCUCCGGACGAGAAUCUAGGAGAUAAGCGUUGGCUUUUUGUAUAUUUCUCUCUGUAAAGGCUGGAUUAGAUGUCCUUUGUUAAUUAAGUUGUUCUUUGGGUGAUGCAACGGCGGGGUUACCUUGUAAGACUGAUUUGCCUUGUAAGGCAGAUUUUUUUUUUCACACGUUAUUGUUUUGUAGUAAAGCCGACUUCCGUUCAGCAAAUUUAACCUCCGAGGUCAUAUUUUUUAAUGAGAUUGUGAGGGUAGCCUAACCACCUUUAAGGCGAUUGAAAAAUAUCGGCAUGUCCUCUGAAAAACUGUAUCGAAACACCUUAAUUUGUAUUAAAAUUUUACGUAUUCUGAGCCUUCAUUUUGUGACUUUUGAGAAUGUGUGACAGACGUUAAAAUUUGGCCUAGUUGGAUGCCGUGUUAAAUUUCACCCUACGGACACCGCGGGUGAACAUGUUACCAAAUGUCAUUGUAGUCCUGUAAGCGUUACAAAGAAUCAUGGGAAUAGGAUUUCAGCGUAUUUAUGGAUGUUCUUUGAAACCAGUCGUGAAAUGUAUUUUACUGAAACAAGUAAAUAAAUAAACAAAAAGUAUUACUUUAAAGAGCUCAGUCGUGUAAUUCUUGCAAUCAUCUACGGUCGUCUAAGCCUUUUUACUCAUUUGAGUGGUUUCGGCUCUCAUCAUGUCAUGGAAAUUGUUAUCGCGUCGACUCAGGAAUUUCAUAAUUUGUCAUAUUAUGCUUCGUACUCUUUUUGGCACGGUACUCGAUUCGGCACUUUAUAAUGAUUUUGCUGAGAAAGACAACACCAUAAAUUUACACAGAUUUGUAAGAAACCCCCUGUGCUGUGAACAAGGUUUUGUGAAGUUUUGUCCGCUCUCCAGCCGAGUGUUAUUUUAUUUGAGAGGUGAAGGUAGAGGUGCUGUCAGUGGAAAGCCUUCGGUAUCACAUAAACCAUUAUUCAAGAAAUAUAUUCUUUGAUGUGUGCAUCAAAAAGUAUUUGGAAAAUAGUUAUUGUGAGUUAUUUUGCUGCUAACGUGGGUGAAUUACUCCUUAAUUUCGAUUAACUGGGUCGCGAAAAUUUCAAUGUUAACUUACAAUUUCACCUCUGAAAUACCUAAUUAAAACUUUAAAACUGUUUUGGCAACGUUCCAUGAUCUCAUAUGAUAUUAAAGGAGAGGUCAGUUUGACACUGUAGGAAACCAAUUAUACGAAAGAGCACAAAUUUUAACAGCAAGAAUGAUUCAUGGAGGUGUUUCGUCAAAAAAAUUAUUAUUGAUAAAUAAGUGUUAUUUUUUAUGCAUUUUUGCUAAGACUGCAUUUGCUGAUACGAUAAAUAUUUAAUUCACCAAAAUCGGUUUUCGUAAUGCAAACGAUCAACGAUGGCGGGCGGUAAAAGGGAGAAGAAAACGAAAAUGGAAAAAUUCCGACCCAUAGAAAGUCAUAGUCUUAAAUAGUGGAAUCAAAAUACAUGGCAGAGCGACAGUCAGAGCGUAAAACGCGCAACUGGCUUGUCCCUCCUGGCACUCAAGUGUGUAAUGCUUUACCGUGCACGCUGAUUGGUCAGCUAGUAGGUGAUUGAUUAGCUAAGUACUAUUCACUUCCAUCUCGGUGAAUAAUUGUUAAUUAGUUGAGAACCAUGUUUCAGUUAUUUGUUCGAUACGCUAUACCAGCCUUCGGCCAACGAAUAUUAAGUACUUUCGAUUUUUUUAAAACUAUCAAAGUUGGGCUAAUGUAUUUGAAUGUUGUCUUUGAUAAUAACUAUUAGUUGUAUUGGUGGUGAUAUAUUCCAAAUUAGUCAAAUAAUGUCAGAUGAUUUCGUAGCUACAAUGUUUAUAAUAGGCAAAGAUAAUUUAUAAAGACCUUAGAAUGAUUCACUGCACGUUUAACUUAACAGGUUUGUCAAGUAGACUUUCGACUAGAGGAAAUGCUGCCGCGGCUUGCGUGUGUGGUUUAAAGGUAGGCGAAGCCUUGUUUUGGGGAGUGAAUGUGACAAUGGGUCUCAUUUUGGGUUGCUCAUACCAGUUACGCGAAACAUCCUCAACAUUUGGAGAAAAUAUUUCUUAAAAAAAACUCUUUACCUCGAUACCACUUUUCCCGGAUGGAGCAGACCGAUGGAAUUUCCUUUCCCAUUUGACAUUUUUCCUGCUUCCAGUCUCGAUUUUUCGGAAACAAACAUUUCGACAGCGUUGCAUAUAUAUUUUAUAAUGCUGUGCUUGUUUUAAUUGCAGCUGCCACGUUUAGUUCACUCUGCAACAUUGUUUUUAUGUAAGUGUGACAAGUGGUAAGUUAACUCCUAUUUCAUAGUUUUGAGAGAUCUUAUUUGAAGUAUUUGAACUAAAUUACCUACAUUUUAAGAUAUUGAUAUUGUUUAAGGUUCAGGCCACAAUCGUCAGUAUUUCGUCGCCACCGAAGAGGGUUUAAAAUAUCAAUUGUAAGAGCCACAUCUCAUCCCAUCGGAGAAGUCGUACAUUUAAAAGAGGACCCAAAAGGUCCCCCUGGACAGUACAGUCCAUAUAGCAGGACCAACCUUUCAACUGGGUUUGAAAUUUUCAAGCGGAUAAUGUCGCAUGGAACAUUUUUUUAGCUUGUAAAAAACCCACUAAGAGCCAUUAACAAAUUGCUUGCCCUGGUGUGUGUGGGUGGGGCUGGGGUAGGGGGGGGGGGGGGGGGGGUGGUUGAGAUACUCCUAGGAGUAUCUCUGGUGGCAGUUCUUCAUACGCCAUCGUGGUUCCUUUGAAAACCAUACCCGACUUCAGACAAUAAUGAGCAAAAUCUAGACCCGUCUUCAGACCGACAGGGCUCAAAAACCAUAGUAUACCAACAUAGCUUAUAGCGGAGCUCGACGCGCACGCGAAGCGCGCGCGUGGGCGGAGCCCCAUUGCUAAGUAAAUCUACCCAUCCCAGAAAAUUUGGUAAUCACGUGACCGUACACCGACCGCCCGUCCGUCCACACCACAGGAAAACCAAUGUUUACUCUCACACUUUUAGCUAGUUUGGGAGCCCAAGAGAAAACUAAUUGCACAGCCUGCACCUCAAUGUUGUGAUCAAUUGACAGCUAUCAAAACAGGGCAUCCGCUGACCAGUAUCACCUGACCGUACCGCGGGCUCAAGUGUCGACCCAUCGAGGUCGAGUAUUUUUUAAAGUUAUCCGUUGACAAAUUACCGGUUUCAAAUGAUCGCAGGCUCAAGUUUAUUUUUUCCAAGGAUUCAUAUCAAAUAUGUUGUGUUUAUGUCACUAUGGCCCCGCACUAUUAGGAUUUUGAUUUCAAACUGACCUCGGAAGCGAAAAUUCAUCCAGUUUUUUUUUAAAGUACAGGCGGGGAAGACCUUAUCUUACCAUGGUCACGCGUUGGUCACGCUCUACGUCCAAUUUUUAUACUCUGAUUGGUCAAAAUUUGACAGGUGAGUUCAUGCGGAAAAAUUAUGCAGCAUCUUGAAAGUAGUUUACUUUGACAGCUGAAGCUGACAGAGUUUUGUGUCAACUUGUGAUGUUUUUAACUGCCUUUUUCCUCUGGAUGUACAAAAUGAAAUACAGCUGCUAUCAAGAGUCUUCUGUUAUUCAUGACUAGUUUGUUUACAGGGUUUUGGUUGAGAAAUGCCUCGCUUGUCAAAAUUCGGUAAUUCGAUUUCGGAUGGCAUCGUUUUCGUUUUUCACCUUGCUUAAUGCGUAAGAGGGUUUAAAAGUCUCAAGCAACUGUGGCCUCCCUUGAUAGCUUUCAGGAACUGAAUCUCGAAUGGUAAGCCUAAGCAAUUAUUGUAUUUGAUGUUUGUAUUUCAUGAAGUCUUGCACAGUUCACGCUGACAGUUUAUGCGGCAAGUUUAUGCACGUUUGUAGGAUUUGAGACAAUGAUCUGAAGAUAUAUUUGCUCACCACAAAGAAAGAAAACGUUCCGAAGAAUACUUAGUUAUAAAUUUGGCUGUAGAAAGAAAACUUUGAGCGGUUUUCUUGCUUCGAGGAGUUCCCCUUCGAAAACAGUAAACACCGCGCCGGGAAACCGGCUAAAACAUAAACUUAAGCUUUACGCUUAAAGAUUCAGGAUUUUUAGUGACGCUUUAAUACUUGUCUUCGUGAAUGAAAAUUGUUGUCUCUGUAAAUGUUUCACGGAAUUAUAUCUCUUUUUUUGAUUGUUAGUAGUCUCUCUUGCAAUUUUAAUCGCUUGUCCGAGCCGUUUGUUUUCAUCGUUCAUGACCAUCGCUUGCAGGAGUACUCAAAAAUGUCGCGCGUAUCAAACGCUUUAUAAAAUUACUCAUCGUUAUAACUGAAACCAUUAAAUAACAAAACAAAUAAUAAUAAAAUCGCUAUUAUGUUGAAGCGUAACUCUGUUAAAGUUCAUUCAAACACUCGACCACACUGACAGCUCGCACUAUAGAAACGAGAACCAGCUGGCCGUAUGGGUGAUUUUGGAAAUUUUCUGAAAUUUUUGAACGGUUUAGCUCGUCCUGAAUAUUGACUGAGUGCAAUUUGUCUUGAAAAAUUGUGAAAUACCGCAUUCUGUCCGAGCUCUGUAUGAUAAAUAGUACUGUUUCACCUCAAAUGUGGUGUAUACAAAUUAUAAAAGGCUGGUUUAAACACCCCCAGAUUUGUUGGCAAGAAUUUGUAAAGCAAACCUGUCGAACGCAAAAAAAUUUGGCGUGAUUUGUUUUCCAAGAAUUUGUUUUCGAGGCCUAAUCUACUGUAAUCUUGAAUGUGAUCGAAGAUGUUUGCUAUUUUUUGAGUGUACAUAUAAGGUUAUCAAUUCGAUGUAAGAUGUUUCACUCUAAAAUAACUUAGCCUUUCAGCGUGCAAAGAAAGUCGUGUCCGAUAGCCCGGGGCUAGUGGAUUUUGCUAUCGGGCUAGUGACUUCUGUUUUUAACUUGCCCGACGGGCAAGUGAUGUUUUUUGAGGAAUUCGAACAACAGAAGAACUGUGAAACCAAUUCUGCUUGUCAAAAAGCUUUUGGGGCUAGUUGAAAUGAAGUCUGGGCUAGUAAAUGCUAGCUUCAGCUUGCCCGAAUAACAAGCUGUAAAAAUGAGUUUCUUUGCACCCUGCCUUUCCCUCAAAAGUCACAUGAAUGUGCCCUUAAGUUAAAUGAUUUGUGGAUUAAAAGUUUAUUGUGUUUGAUUUAAAUUAUAAAUUUAUUAAAAUUGGAGCUUCGCUUUUAGCCCUGGCUAAAUCUAUUUAUUAUAUAAACUGCAGUGUUUUACAAGGAUUUCUACCACCGAGAAAUGUGGUAUCUGAACACACGUAAAAAUACGAUAUUUUUACAUGUGAAGAUAUCGAUAAUUUCACUGACAUCAGGUUUGUCUCUUAAAUUGUACUUAAAUUCGUUGGUGUAUCAUCGAAACAUCUUCGGGUCUUCCUCGAAAGUGCUCGGCAAUCUUCGGAAAUCUUCGGACAUCUUCGGAAAUUUUCGGAAAUUCUCGGAAAAUGUUCGGGAACGUUUCUCUGGUCUUCGGGACAAUUUGAAAAAUCUUCGGAAAUCUUCGGAAGGUGGUCGGAAAUCUUCGGAAAAUCAUCAAAAACGCCGUCAUUCUCGUGGCAAGAGCAAUAUCUCACUCGUUCGCUGCGCUCACUCGUGAGAUAUUGUUCUUGCCACUCGAACAUAAAAUUCAUAUCUUCUCGCCACCGUGUAAUAUUCUCUAUAUAUUAUAUUGGAGUAGCCCUCCCCGUUGGGUUAAUGGUCAGUAGGAAUCGAUGAGAAUUUUGCUAUGAUAUAUAAAAUUUCAACGCAUCAGAUGUGUACUUGCAGAACAUGGUGCUGUUUACAAGCCUUUUUUGAGGUUUUGUCUGCUCUCAAGCCGAGUGUUUUUGUAAUUGCGUUAUUUGAAGGAAUUGCACUGUGAAGGUACUAUACUACAGCCAAAUCUGUCGCAGUUUCAACUGAAGAAUGUGCGGUUUUCGGUAUCAAAAAUCCAUAUCAAGAAAGGUAUGACGCAUCUCUAAUGUUUUGUGCAUGGAAAAAGCAUUUGGAAACUACUAUAGUCAUUGCGUGUUGUUUUGCUGCUUUUUAAUAUUGUAAAAUUCAAAAUCCUCAUAUUUUAUAGAUUUUCAAUUUGUAGCUAAAUGUCGUGGGUCGUGGGUGUGGGCAAAUGAGUGGGUAAAAAAAGAAUAGAAAAACGAUAAAGUAAAGCAAUUGAAAAAACAAAUUAUGAAACGAAAAUCUCCGACUCCUUUUUUGCCCUUUUCACAGCUUCUUCUUCGUCCUCUUCCUGAUACGGCCUUAGCCAAGUGGGGCUUGGCUCUCCUCCCACAACAUCACUGUAUAAAAGACAUGUUGCCGAUAAAGAUUUAUCGGGGUCUGAGCGAUCGCCGCGAAAUAAACGAAACAGAUUAUUAUAUACGUUAUGAAGAUUAUGUGAAGGGAUUUUUAAAAAAUUCGUUCGAGUCGUUUUAGAGAUAUACAAAAAGGCGCUAAAAGUCCAAAUUCUGAAUGAAGUUGCACUUAUACAGGUGGUAAGAAAAUCGGUUAGUUUUCAAGAUCGCAUGAACGAAAAUACACCAAAAUUUCCUAGCAUUAGUAUAUGAUAUUAAGAAGCAUUCUGAUGCUUCUUAAGAAUAAUUUGAGUCAUUUAUAACGUUUUUAUUAAAUAGUCGAUCACGGCUAUUGAGAAUUUAAGGUUUGAAAUAUAUUUUCGUUUUUGUCGAAUUCAAACGUACAGAAUUUUUUACUUCUUACGGAGAUUGUUUGCUAAACAACAAACUUUGAUUAAUUUUCAUUAAUUUUCAGUAGCUGGGCUAGAUCAGACGAAAUUCGGCUUUUAUCAAUUUCAAAGUUUUUUGUUUAUUGUUGUCAUAGUAAUAUCGAUUUAACUUAAAACUACAUUUUCAAAAAUCUCAAUCCAUAGCCAAUUGCUGGUGAAAAUUUUAGAACCAUCGGACAAGGAAAAAAACACUUUUAAGGCGAUUAAAAAAUAUCGGCAUUGCCUCUGAAAAACUGUAUCGAAACACCUUAAUUUGUAUUAAAAUAUUACUUAUUUUGAGAUAGUCCUCAUUUUGUGAUAGAGAAUGUGUGACAGACGUUAAAAUUUGGCCUAGUUGGAUGCCGUGUUAAAUGUCACCCUACGGACACUGCGGGUAAACAUAUUACCAAGUGUCAUUGUAGUCCUGUAAGCGUUACAAAGAAUCAUGGAAAUAAGAUUUUAGCAUAUUUAUGGAUUUUUGUUGAAACCAGUCGUGAAAUGUAUUUUACUGAAACAAGUAAAUAAAUAAACAAAAAGUCUUACUUUAAACAGCUCAGUCGUGUAAUUCUUACAAUCAUCUAGGGUCGUCUAAUUUUUUUUUUACUCAUUUGAGUGGUUUCCGCUCUCAUCAUGUCAUGAAAUUUGUCAUCGCUUCGACUCAGGAAUUUCAUAAUUUGUCAUAAUUUAUGCGUCGUACUUAUUUUGGCACGGUACUCGAUUCGGCACUUUAUAAUGGUUUUGCUGAGAAAGACAACCCCAUAAAUUUAAACAGAUGUGUAAGAAACUCCCUGUGCUGUGGACAAGGUUUUGUGAGGUUUUGUCCGCUCUCCAGCCGCGUGUUAUUUUAUUUGAGAGGUGAAGGUAGAGGUGCUGUCAGUGGAAAGCCUUCGGUAUCACAUAAACCAUUAAUUAAGAAAUACAUUCUUUGAUGUGUGCAUCAAAAAGUAUUUGGAAAAUAGUUCUUGUGAGUUAUUUUGCUGCUAACAGCAUGGGUGUAUUACUCCUUAAUUUCGAUUAACUGGGUCGCGAAAAUUUCAGUGUUAACUUAUAAUUUCUCCUCUGAAAUACCUAAACUUUAAAACUGUUUUGGCAAAGUUCCAUGCUCUCAUAUGAUAUGAAUGGAGAUACACGAAAGAGCACAAAUUUUAACAGCAAGAAUGAUUCAUGCAGGAGUUUCGUCAAAAAAAUUAUUAUUGGUAAAUAAAUGUUAUUUUUUAUGCAUUUUUACUAACACCAUUCGCUGAUACGAUAAAUAUUUAAUUCACCAAAACCGGUUUUCGCAAUUCAAACGAUAAACGCCGGCGGGCCGUAAAAGGCAGAAGCAAACGAAAAUGGAAAAAUUCCGAUCCAUAGAAAGUCAAGUCUUAAAUAGUGGAAUCAAAAUACUUGGCAGAGCGACAGUCAGAGCGUAAAACUCGCAACUGGCUUAUCUCUCCUGCCACUCAAGUGUGUAAUGUUUACCGUGCUCGUUGAUUGGUCAGCUAGUAGGUGAUUGAUUAGCUAAGUAAUAUUCACUUCCAUCUCGGUGAAUAAUUGUUAAUUAUUUGAGACCCAUGUUUCAGUUAUUUGUUCGAUAUGCUAUACCAGCCUUUGGCAACGAAUAUUACUGAAGUACUUUCAAUUUUUUAAAAACUAUCAAAGUUGGGCUAGCGUAUUUGAAUGUUGUCUUUGAUAGUAAUUAUUAGUUGUAUUCGUGAUGAUAUAUUCCAAAUUAGUCAAAUAAUAUUAAUGUCACAUGAUUUUCUAGCUACAAUAUUUAUAAUAGGCAAGGAUAAUUUAUGAAAACCUUGGAAUGAUUCACUGCACGUUUAGUUUAACAACAGGUUUGCCAAAUAUACUUUCGACUCGACGAAAUGCUGCCGCGGCUUGCGAGCGUUGUUUGAAGGUAGGCGAAGCCUUGUGGUGGAGAGUGAAUGUGACAAUGGGUCUCAUUUUGGGUUGCUCAUACCAUUUGCGCGUAACUUCUCAACUUUCGGAGAAAAAAAAUUCUUAAAAAAAACUCUUUACCCCGAUAGCACUUUUCCCGGAUGGAACGACCGAUGGAAUUUCCUUUCCCAUUUGACAUUUCUCCCGCUUCCAGUCUCGAUUUUUCGGAAACAAACAUUUCGACAGCGUUGCAUAUAUAUUUAACUAGGAGUAAUCGGAGCUUAGGAGAGUGCGUUCGAUAUGUUUGUUAGGCAUACAGGUAGCAGUUGAGGGGGAAGCCUAGGGUGGUUACGAUAUAGAUAAAUAUGAUUAUGGCAUAUUUUGAACGUAAGGGUUGCUUACAGCGAAACCUCUAUUUAAACUGUGUAUCAUUAUAAGAAGGGUUUUGAAAAGAUAUCGUUGUAAAGUACUUGCAGUCGGAGGAGAUAUUGGCCAGAGUGCGUCGGGCGUGUAAUUAAAUAGAACAUUGUGUUUUACUGGCGCGAGUUACAGGGCGCAGUUGCUCAAAGGCCGAUUGGUGCUUAACCCAGCAUUCUUUAUCUUUCUUCUAAAACAUUUCUUCGGAUAAUUUUCUCUGUUAUUUUUAAGAGCAUCCAAUCAUCAACUUGUUGACAAAAUGAAUUACAUUGAAUUUACUGUUUUAAAGCAUGCACCAGGAAUCGCAGACUUUUUCCAAAGACAGUGAUAAAGUAAAUUAAAGAGAUCAUUCAUGAAGAUAUUGAAGAAAAGGGGACCAAGGACUGACCCCCUGCGGAACCUCCUGUUUAACUGGCAUCUAAGUAGAAACAUUGCCGCCAACUUUUACUCUUUGUGGCCCUCCAGUUAGAUCAUACUGCAUCAGAGCAAUGCCAGGUUCCGCUACUCCAUACGCCUUCAGCUUAGCCAGGAACAAACCAGGAGCGGAUAUUUUAAGUAGCUUCGGAUGUAACAUAUCAUGUCCACAAGAUUUGUGACUCUUGAUAGAAGAUAGUAGCUGUUCCAUUUGAGUCACAGAGAUGAGUUUACCGGCUCAAUUCUAGAAGUUUCUUUCUCCGCUUUGUUGUGCUUUAAUGCCCUAAUACUAGGAUGUUCAAUAAAAUCAGCACUAUAAUCCAUUUUUGUAGUUUCACCAGCAUCUCCCAAAAAGUUUACGAAAUAGGCAUUGAAAAGCUUUGCAGGCACUUUUAUGUGAUAAAGGAUAAAGGAUAAAGGUGUCGUGUUCUUUAAGUAUAAAGUCGUUUGCUUGGUGAGCGUUCCUAGAGUGAAGAAAUGGACGGUACGUUCUGCAAAUAUCUGCCGGGCUCUGAGAUCGUCCCGACAUUUAAGAUAGAAUAAAGAGUUUAGGCUCAUGACGUUACUGCUCUCACAAAGUUAUAGCCUCAGAAGUCACACCAGUUCAAUCCUGUUUUAAGACAAAAAGAUUCCAUAAUAGUGUUCUUAUUUUUAUUGUUUUUUAAUACACUGAAGGUUUUAACUUGUUAAGGCCUGGUUGCCGAGUGGCUAACACAUCGAACUCCGAAUUUCUAGGUCCGCGGUCAACCUUUCUCUUCGUGUUGUUUCCUUAGACAGUCUAGACAAGAUACUUUGCUUUACUUUGUCUCUCUUUAUCUAGAUGUAUGAAUGGGUGACGGUAAUAUAAUAUCGCGGUAUCCACAAUUUUAUGAACUACAAGUCCUGUAAAACGAAUAUCUAGAUUUCUUAUACACUGCAGAAAUGUAAAAUCGGAAAUGGCGUCACUGCAUCGCCGAUCCCUAAAACUUCCCUUUUAUGUAAACUCAAUAUUUAAUCUUAAAGUGGGUAUGAUUCGAUUAUCGACUUCGUUUGGGGUAUAUUUGUAUUCAAACAGGGAGCUUCCUUAUAACAUUCUCACUGGUUUAUUUUUUUUUUAAUUUUAAUUCCCCGAUACAUGUACCUGUACAUGUAAAAUAGUAUCAACAAGAUCGCUUUUAUUUUUUUGUUCAAGUCAAUGCGCUUCUAAAGCGUCUUGGUUUUUUUCAGUACUGACAGCGGUCACUGGCCAAUACGGAGUGUUUUAAUUGUUUUUGCUUUUUACUUUCAAGCUGGCCAGUUAGAGCGGGUGUAAAGCCCUAUUCAUUGUUGUAGUCCAUACAGACGUUUCUUACCAUUUUUGCCUCCCAUUGAAUUGCAGGUAGUCUGUCUUUGGUGGUAAAACUUCUUCCAAUGGAACCAACAUCUAUUUUUCAAUUGGAUAGUGGUCGUCCACCGAUUGAUAACCUACAGGGAAAUAUUUACAAGACUAUAAAGAAGGGGAAUUUAGAUGAAUUAAGGCACUUGCUCAGUUCAUCUGAAGGAAAAAUCGAUCUUAAUUAUCUGGACAGUUCCAGCAAAACAGCUUUACAAGUGGCAGCUGAUCUGGAAGAUUCUUUCGUUCGAGAAAGAAUAAUUACAGCGCUAUUGAAUAACGGGGCCAGUUUACAGAUUGGUUUGCUGAAUGCAGUAUGUCAAGAAGACGCUAGGGUAGUGGAAAUACUGCUUCAAUUCUAUGAUAAACAACACCAGACAUCGCCACGGGAAUUGAAAUCCGCAAGAGGCAAAACCGCUUAUAUAACACCGCUAAUCUUGGCGGCCUGUUUGCAGAAUUUUCAAAUUGUUAAGCUUCUUCUUGAACAUGGACUCACUGUUGACGAUCCCACAGGUGUUCGCUGGUGGAGAGACCCCACUGGCGCGGUCAGCGAUAAGCUCGGUCCCGCAAUAUCCCGUUUAAAUAAAUACCGCGCACUGGCUAGCCCUGUGUUUAUCGCGGCGUCUUUUCUACAAGACGUGCAACGUGGUCCAGACCCAGUUCUUCAAGCUUGUACUCUGAGCAAGCAACUCCGUGACAUGGCCGAGCAAGAAUACGAAUUUAGUAAAGAAUACUUUCAGUUAUGUGAUGGGUGUGAAGAAUUCACUGUUUCGCUCCUGAAUGAAUGCUACACAAUGGAAGAGAUAAGAUGCGUUUUGGAAACAAACAGCGAAACGAAAAUGUUGUCUAAAUUGGAGACAGAUUCCCUAAACAUACUGGAAUUUGCUGUCUUUACAAAAAAUAAGAAGGUGUGUUCUUAUUUAACUAUAAAAUGGUAAAAUGAUCUGUAAAUAGUGGCAAUUUAAACAAUAAAAUUUAUUGCGUUACCACUAUUGAAAAGCUAACUAGUGCAGGUUCUAGUUGCACCUCUACUCAUUUCAGGACAUAUAAAUCUCAAGUUUUACCGCUGAAGCAUCCCACCAGAACCCCUAGUAUGCCCACUCUUUUCGAGUUCGGAUUAGCACCCCCCUACUUUUAACCUUGAUUCGCGAUUGUUGAUAUCAAAUUGACCAGCAAAUCGAACGGUAAAUAUUUGUGAGGUGCAGGAUGUAGAUUGCUGAAGAAAAAGACCAAAAUUGGGCAUGAUGUCUCUAAAGAAAGAGAGAAAUCAAGGUCGACGUGAAGGUUAUCAUUUAGUUCAAUUUCGUCUUUUUUCUAAAAUUAAAAUGCUUUCAGUAUGAUGGUUGCAAUCUCCAAAGUUAUUGUGUUUUCGAGAAAUUGUAAUUUGGUCGGGGGUUUUUGUAUGUUACGAUGAAACGAUCUACUUGCUUGCUUCUUGCUAGUUGCUUGUUUGCUUCCUUGAUGCUUUGCUUCUUUGAUUCCUUGCUUCCUUUCCUCUAAGCAUGUUGGGAAAUUCAUCUGGAGAAAUGGCCAUUGUUCUCGCGACAUUUACUUACAGUCGGUGAAAGCUACUAGGUCUGUCAUAUCGCUUAUUGUUAUUCUAAAAUGCUGAGCAGGAGUCUUUUUCAUUGGUUACCAUGAACUCGCGGCAGUACUCUUCAUCGUGGAGUAGGCGGAUUGAUUGGAACGGGCUUUAACCCGAAUCUGCCAAAACCCGAUAACUACCAAGUUAGGUUUACAUUUCGUAACUGAUUUUCGGUAUAAAUAUGUUUGAGCAAAAAGUAGGUUUUAUUUUGAUUAUCGUCCAUCAAGGUUAAACUGCGUGAAACCAAAUGCGAUGGUGGUGUGUUAUUGGAAAUAGCUUAAACAACAAUAAGAACUAAUUUCGUUCAUAAGAUAAACUAACGACUCAUUUUAACCUUUCAGUUUGUCAGUCAUCCCUACAGCAUGCUGGCACUAGAUUCCGAAAUAUACAAAGGUGCGCCCUUCCUGGAGGUGAAAAGUGUUUGGAAGGAAUUGGCGUUAAUGCUACUAGUGUCCAUCCUGUACCCACUGAUUUUCUUGGUUUGGUUCGUUUUUGCGACCUAUUCCCCCAGAAAUAAACUGAGCAGAAUGUUUCAGUCAACUCGUGUAAAGUUUCUACUCUACUGUGCCUCCUAUCAAACAUUUAUUUUCCUGCUGGCUUUCAGAUCUGCUACCUUAUGGCGUCUGAAGGAUACUCUUUUACAAUUCGUGCUAACGGGUAAGAGAUGCGAGUCAAAAUAUGGUAAUCUUUCACAACAAAUGCGCCUUUUAGCGCUUCAUCUGCUGCACUAGACUUUUCCCCAAAGCCUCCCUUGGGGGCAAUAGCUUGGGAUGGGUUCGUUCUGGGUUUAGAUCACUUUCUUGUUUGUCCACUGAGGGGAAGAUUAAACUUGAACCCAGUUUCACUGUAACAUGAACAUCGUUGUAAACAUUGUAAACUGAGUAAAUCGUAAAACUUUUUCUGUAAUUUCACCCUUUGAAUGAAACCUCCACAUCAAUUACUCGUAGUAAUAGCAUUGCAGUGCCGUAGCAAGGGUAAUAUAAGAGGGGGGGCACGCGAGCGCCGGAGGCGCAAGCCGCUAGGGGUGUCUGUGGGUAUGCUACCCCAGGAAAUUUUGAAAUCUAGAGGCUUGGAAAUGCUAUUUCCAGCGUUCUCCAAGAGCUAUUUGUGAUUUACGCAUAUCGCGAAUUAUUUACUUCGUACACUGUCUCAGCAAACCAAUGCACAUUGAGAGUAUAACACUUGCAACAUCAAUUACAAAAUAGAAAACCGACUAUCUCUGUAUCUUGAAUUGUUGUAACGAAUCACUUUCUGGUUUGUUUUAGUUUUUGGCUGUUUAAUAUUGUUGUGCAUUACCCUACGUAUGUUAAAAAAUGAAAAGAAGUACAAAUGUUAUUGUUUCAAACCUCUCGAGAGAUAAUAUUUUAUUUUCAACAUUUUAGUAUACAGGUCUGUUUUUACUUUUUAGGAAAAAAACUGGUGGGGCAUGGGACCACCGGCCCCUCCCCUUGCUACGGCACUGAUCAUUGAUUCAGGGCUUAAAAUUAAGAGCUUAAAGAAAAUGUUCACUUCAUUCGCCCAUAAAAAAGGUAAAAAAAGUCCAAAAUUAAGGAAUGAAUUUCCAUCCACUGUUGUAAAGUAAGCUUCCGAGUGUUCUAAGGUGGCUUCAAUUGAAUUUAUUUAGCGUAAAAACAUUCAUCGACGUCCUUUUGUGUUGUCGAAAUGUUACCAGCCAGCAGCGUGUAGGAUUGGAUUUAGCCCCAACAUGAACACACAACGUAAACAACAAUUGAUUUUUACUGUUUGAUACUCCACUUUUUCGUUAUUGUGUUCUUUUUUGCGUAUCUUUCGAAAUUCCCUGCGGCAAUUUCAUCUUGGGAAAAUCGGUCAUACACAAAAAUUAGUUUUCCCCUGGGUAACAGCAAGAGAGAAUGAUCUCUCUGGUAACAGCCAUUUGCCCAGGAGUAAAACGGCUAGUGUAGACGCACCUAAUGUCAUGUUAUCGACGGUUUUUCCUUUUCUUUCCACAGGUCUGUAUGAGAUAAUAUUUAUGAUUGGUCUAACAGUGGAUGUUAUAAAGGACAUGGUCCAACAAGGAAGAGUCCGCUUUUUUUCUUACCAUUGGAAUUAUCUGGCCGUGGCGACAGUGGUUUCAUAUGGCAUCUGUCUCGCCCUUUGGUUGAUUGAUAUUACCUCUAGGGUACGAGUUGUAACCCUCGUUUUCUUAAGAACUUUGGCAAUCCUUAUGGCCUUUGUCCACAAUUUAUCAUUUUUUCAAGCGAACACCAGUAUUGGUCCACUGCUAAAUGCAUUUAUACAGAUGCUAACUGAUGUUGCAAAGUUCUUUGUGUAUUUCUUUUUUUUUUUUCUGGCAUUCGCUGUGAGUCUCACUGAGCUUUAUGCAGUGUAUUUCGUCCUUGGAACGCCGCAAAAUGGGAACAAUCCUAAGAAUCUUGAAAGGUGCGUACAACCAUGUUAACGUUCCUGUUUUCUUGUUCGUCUGAAUUACAAGUGUAGUCUUACUGUAAUAGAUAAAACGAAGGAACACGUAGGUUUGAAGCGUAUUACAGGCGUUGACAAAACAACAAACUUAAGGUGGCUCACAAUCUUAUGGUAACUGUUCAGUAGCAUUUUAAUCCUUUGACUUCGAUCGAUCAAUAGUGAAUAUUACAACGUUUUUUUCAGAUGAUACUUCAAUCAAUAAUGGUACUAGCAAAUACUUACUAAGUACAUACAGACUCGACUUAAAGUAGUAUGAUAUAUAAUAAGGGGAUUUAACUUUUCGCGAAGUUAAAAAAAAACGUUAUUUACUUGAUUAAACGCUGCCCUCAAACAAACUCCGCCCUUGAAUAAACGCCCUAGAUGGAUGCAAAAUCAAUCAAGUAAAUACGGUAUAUCAAGUCAAGAGCCUGCUCAAAAUUACUGUCAUUAUUCAUUUGAAAUAUUUCGCGGUUUCUAAGUGGCGUUAAUUCCUCGGCUAAAUCUUCAUUACCAGCUAUCUCUGACCAAAUUUGCAAAAAUUCAGGCAUUAAUUAAAGUUAAUGCAAUGCCUCUGACGUCAGUGAUUGUAUUUGGCCCACGCAGCAGCCUGGCUGGUUGAAUCGCGUCCAGAGCUCAAGAAAAUGGGGAAAGAGUUCACUGCUUCCGAAGCCAAAACAGACGAAUUAAUGACCAAAAACCAACGGAACGAAUACAAAGGUUCGAUGUUCACAUUCUGAAAGUGUACCGAGAAACUGCCAAUAUUCUGAAGAAAGUUUACGAGAAGGUAUGGAUCAGUGAAGACUGGGAAGACUCGCACGAUUUGGGGACGUGUUUCAGAGAAGUCCGCAAUUUUCUUCUUUCCGCUUAAAGAAAAAUGUCAAAAAAGGAGGCGACGAGGACAGUAGAGCUGUCAUUCGACGAAAACGUGAGGAGAGGAUCAGUAAGGGAAGCUCAGCUGAUAUACCUCCAACUAAAGUAAGCGAAGACGUUUGAAGAGCUGAGCGACAUUGAAAGUGAUUUUAAUGUGUGGAUCGAUGAGCUUUUGGAAGAAAAUUGAGCUUUAAGAAAGCACUACAAAGAGUUGAAGAAGUCCUUAGAGUUCAAUAACAGCGAGUUAGAUACCCUUAAAGAAGAGAACAAGAAAUUCGGGGUAGAAGUGGCAUUGCUGAAAGAUUCACUCCAUGACACAGGAGAGGACAUCAACAACAUGCACGAGGAUCUUGGAACGGCAAUUAAACCAACUUGACGACUCAGAACACUACACACGUAAACUGACAAUCUAGAGAUCCAUGGAAUCGCCGAAAAAGCCGACGAGAACAUUGCUGAAAAUGUUAUCAAGUUAGGAAAAAUUGUCAAUGUGCAUAUAUCACCAAACGAUAUUGACAUUUGCCUCGGAAUGUAUAGCAGGAGCAAUAAUGCCAAAAGCCAUUAUCGUUCGUUUUCAAAUCACGCAAACUGAAGAAGUAUUAAAAUCAGUCCUAAAGUGAGGAAACUUAUAAAAGACAAUCACUUCGAAAGCGCCUGGACAUUAGCCGGACGGCCAAAUGUUUUUUUUUCAAGAAAACCAAGCAGGAUCAACCAAAGAGGGUUUUUGCUGAAGAUGAACGUGGAAGCCUUAGUUCAUCGUUUGCCCUUUUUUUUUUUACAUUCUGAGACUUUGAGAAACAGCAAAUGUUCUGAAGAAAGUUUAUGAGAAGUUACGGGUGACGAACUAAGAAAUAUUUUAAAUGAAUAAUUAUUGGUUACCGAAUAUUCGGUUUUUGUAUGAUAUGAAAAACUAUGCAGAUUGAGGAGCUUGUUAUAGGUUUUAAUGGAUAACAGUCUCAUUCAAUAAUUGCUGAAUAAUUUUAUUCUGUUUUUAGGUUAGAAAACAGCGCAGACUUUAUAUUCUGGGCGUUUUUGGGGCAGAGUGAACGUAAAGAUUUUGAUAUUGAUCAUUCGGAUUACCAUGUCAUCGGGACAAUGGCCAAGGCGUUGUUUGCUUUGUUCAACAUUGUAGCGGUUCUUGUGGGUCUUAACGCUUUGAUUGCAAUGCUCACUGAAUCCUACGAACGAGUGAAGGUAAGUAAAGAACCGUUCUUGUAGGUGCACGAGUCAACAAUUCAAAGCGAGCGUCAUUUGUAAAGGAAUAAAACAAAGAGUGAAAGACACUUCCUAGCAUGUCGAGUUAACCUUGGUAGUCGGGUUGAAGCUUUUAUGAGGGCUCUUAGCUUUAGUUUACUCCAGUUAUUAUCAGCAGAAUAUUAGAAAAUUAAUUUUUUUCCGAGUUGUUCUCUCCACAUAAAUUAUUCCAUUUAUUAAUUAAAACAAACAAACAAACAAAAAACAGUAUAACUUUUAAAGACAUGUUUUUGGCAUAGUCCAUUGAAAAUUUUUCAGAUGAUUCUAAUGUUGCACUGCCUUCACUUUUCUCUAACUGUACUCACCGCUUACGGUUACUUUUUGCUUCUCUCCAACACUGGGAUAUCUCAUAUAUUUUCUCUAACAUUAAUCUCUCGGUGUACGUAUUAACCCUUUAAACCCUAAGAUCAAAAUUUGCCCUAUUCAUUUCCUACAGGAGUAGUGGGGAGAAGUUGAUAAAAUAUCAAGCAAAUUCAUCUUGUGUGACCAUGUCCGUAAUACGUAUGACCACUCUGUUUUACAAAGCAUUGAUAUUACAAGGAGAAAUUUGAUGUUGAUCACUCUUAGGGCUUAAAGGAUUAACCGGGUUUUAUUGUAUUGAAAAGGGGGUCUUUUCGGACUGGCUGGCUGUGCAUCGUCUACAUGUGUGAUACUAGCAAUGUCUUUGUUCUUUCUUUUAAAAUCUCUAAUUCCAUGAUGAAGUUUUCUAUUAAAAAUACUUAAUUUUCUCUAUGCAAAAUGAAAUGAAUCAGGGCAAGAUCAGGGUUAUAACGGUUGCAGGCCUCGUCGGUACACCCCUUCCCAAACUUCCCAGAAGUGUCCCCCUGGAUCCAUGUGUCUUGUUUGGCCGAUAUAUGGGUUGUUUGGUGUGGUCACAGUAUACUCAUCAUCUGAACUGUCCUCGUCCUCCCUGGCGUGAUAGGAUGGCACAGUGGUAGUGGGCUUACAAAUCUUGUCUGUCGUUCUUCUUUCUUUGGGGAAGAUUGCCAGAAACCUGUUACAUCAGACUUUGUGCAAUUGUAGGCGUGCAUAAGCUUAAAAAAAUACUUUCCUAGUUGUUAUCCGUUUCCCCGGCGGUUUUUUAAGCAUUGAUAACAGCGUGCCGUUCAUGUGUUCCACCUGGCGAUUUCCUUGCGGGUGGUGCGGCUUCGUCUGAGAACUGGUUUCCCUCCAACACCGGGAUUUUUUAUAUCCCAUCAUGCUGCUAGCUCUUGGAGCUCGGCUCCAGUCUUCUGCGUCGCACACCAAAAACGUCCAUGAUAUAGACAAGAUAAAACAUUUCGCCAGUUUCCAACAUGGCCAGGUAGCAUACUUUACCUGAAAAAAAUUAAUGUUUUUAUUUACAUUUUUUUGGGAUAAACACUGGUUUCGUAAAGUCGGGCGUAUUUAAAUUAGCAUAUUAGUAUUGCCAAAAGACCCAAUAACAAACAUAAGCUUUGCCGAUUCGGGUUCUGGAUUUGAAGUAAAUUAAACGCGCUUUUAUAAUGCGAUUUUACAGUGGGCUAGUUGACAUAAAUGCAGUCUUAGAUUGGGGCAUGCAAUUUAAAUGGUGAUAUUUGCGGGAAGCCUCAUCUUAAACAGGCAGAAAAAGAAAAGGUUAAAGGCUUGUUUAUAGUGGAAGGUGCUUGUUACGGUCACAUUCCACGUCAAAUAUGUCUAGUGUUUGUUCUUUGUUUAGUUUUGUACAUUCUUUUCAGUUAUCGCAAUUCAUAUUCAGUUGGAUUUUGCUGCAUAAUUUUCUUUGGUUUUAGCGUUCACAGCAACAUCAUCGCACUUUUCGUUUAGUUUUGUUAGCCAUCAUACCUUUUUUCCGUUCAACUUUCAAGUUACACAACGUUUGCAAGUAUUUUCGCUCAGUUUCUAUCCUUUUCCUGUAUUUUCGUCGUUUCAUUGCUGUCAUUUGUAUUCCUUAGUAAUUUGUAAUUUUGUUUGCUUUUAGCAACCGUAGUCGUAAUUUUUUAUAAUUGUAAUAAAGACGAGUUGGAACGGUGGACUAUUCUUGGACUAUUCGCUACAAUAUUUCGUUGAAACGUUAUGGAUCCAAUCGAGGGACAAGUUGAAAUGGAAAGCGACAGUUUGAAUUUUGCUAACGCUGCCUUAGAAACUGGUGUAACAAGGCGAAGGCAGCGCUCCGAAAAGGGAUAGGUAUUUAUCGCUCAUGUUAGAUGGACGGAUUGCCAGACUUUAUUUAGAAGAAUCCAACGUCAGUUCAAAUGAAGGAAAUUGAUAGUUUGGCGACCGAUGAGGAGAAUGUGGACGUCGUCGAGAGUAAUUUAACUUCAUUUCGUAUUUCCGCGGAAGAGCUUAAGACGGGUUUCGCUGCUCUUUUAAAUGAUCUUGAGUCCUAGGAGGAUUUGGACGUUGGGAACGACUGGUAUAUUAAUCAGAGUGGGAAGAUUAACGACUUGUUAGACAAUACUGUACUCUGGAUUUCAACCGCGAGAGAGACAAUCGAACAUAGCUUGGAAACAAGAUCUCAAGUUGGCUCGCUAUAUUCUACAUCGCGACGUUCAAGGGCAUUCUCUAGAUAUUCUAGCCUUUCGAUUACCUCAAAUAGAGCGAAAGAGAAAGCCAAGGCUGCCAAUUUAAUGGCCAGAGUUGCUAUGUUGGAAAAAAGGAAAGAGUUGCAAUUGAGAGUCGAGAAGAACAGUUGGCAGUUGCGCGCGUGCGAGAGGGCGUGUUUGCUGAAAUUGGAAGUGGUGUCAGCGAAUAGGAUUUAACUAGUCGUCAAGAAUUGCCUCCGAAAGGUUCUUCUAUACAGGUAUCUACUUCUUCUGGACCGUUUUUUCCGACUUCUUCAAGCGCUUACACGUCUCCAACAGUCACGUCGAACGCUAUGACUAAAGUGAGCUUUACCACAGGUUUAUAGGACGCUCCUAUGAUACAAACCCCUCCUAAGCCAAUGCAGCAUCCAAGUCUGAAUCCUUUUACACUGAGUUUCACGUUGCCGAAAUAAAGCACGAUACAGAGCUAUUAGGGAAACCGAAGCAAGAGCCUUGCCCGAGUGAACCUCCAUACAUGGCCUGCACACAUCGGCACUAAGCAGUUCUGGAAGUCCUUCAACAACAGAAUAGAUUAACGGAAUUACUAGCAGAGCAACAACAACAGAGUUUACUUCCUUCUCUUACACUGACCAAGUUUAGUGGCUAUCCUUUGGAGUACUUUACCUUUAUAAGAAGUUUUGAAUCGCAAGUAGAGGCUAAGGUCAGCACGAAGGAUAUGCGUCUACAAUACUUAGAGCAGUAUUUACAAGGAGAACCGAAGGACCUAAUCAAAGGAUGUCUCCAUGCCACCUUGAUGGAGACAGCGGGUACCUAGAGGCCAAAAGGCUCCUUAAUGAGAAGUAUGGGGACCCUUACCAGAUAUCCAACGCCUAUUUUAAGAAAAUUAACGGGUGGCCCUUCAUCCGACCAGGGGACGAGUUGGCAUUAGACAGAUUCUCCAUCUUCCUAAGUCCGUACCGGAGCGCGAUGAGAACUCUUACCUGCCUGUCUAUCCUGAAUCAUCCGCAAAAUUUGCAAAGCAUGGUAACCAAACUUCCAUUUACGCUUCAAGACCGAUGGCGCAGAGAAGCAAAUAAAUGGAGAGUGGCAGGUGGAGUGAUCCCUUCUUUCGCCGACUUCGUGAACUUCGUUAAUGUAGAAGCAGGAAUCGCGACCGACCAAGUCUUCUCUCGAAAAGCGCUCCGUCGUUUAGAUGGUUCCUCAGAUCGACCUGAUCGUUCCAGUAAAGGCAAAGGUAAAAGCUUUGGCAAGUCUAAAACGUCUGUGAACCAUAAUGGUACUUCACAUGGCGCCUCCAGUCAUGCGACAGAUGUGACCGCUGACCAAAAGUCUGGCUCACGUACUCCUAUUAGCCUCUGUAAGUUUUGUAACAAGAAUCAUGAUUGUCAUAAAGGAAUGACUUCCUAAAGAAGAAAACGCUCUGCUUUUCCUGCUACAGUCGUGGACAUAGAUCCAACGGUUGUGUCCAGCAAAGUACCUGUAAGAGCUUCUCACGUCGAUAUCCAACGGUUCACAUUAUGAUAGCCUCGUCCUCAAUCAGGAGGCCUCCAAGCAGGUCAGCCCCACUCCUCCGCAACCAAAAGAGCACGUUUCGAAUGCUUACACGGACGUAGAAGGAACCCUGCUGUAGGCACCGGAGAAUCAGUAAUCGCCUUUCCUGUAGUUCCUCUUAGGCUGAGAUCUGCUGAAAAUGAAGUCCUUCCUUACGCCAUGCUUGAUACCUGCUGUACCUGUUCAUUCGUUCUUGACGACAUUGCAGCUACCUUGGGGGUGAAGGGCCUGAAUACACAGCUUAUGGCGAAGACUUUCAAUGGUACAAAGUUGCACGAUUCUAAAGUCUGAAUGGAUUAAUCGUCACGGACACGAAAGGCGAGAAUCCCAUACAGCUACCGAAGAUAUCCACUAAAGAGGACGUCUCCACACCCCAAAAUGUGUCUACGCCUGAACUUGCUCAUCGUUGGAAACAUUCCAGAAGCAUAGCCAAAGGGCUGCACAGUUACCUAAUGUCAGGAUUGGUCUUCUGAUUGGCUCAAACUGCCCGAAAGCUCUGGAACCAAUAGAUGUAUUAGCUAGUGAAGAUGGUGGUCCCUUCGCAAUCAGAACGUUUGCUGGAUGGGCAAUAGUGGGCCCUCUGUACAUGUGCGGCACAGAGAAUUCAAAUGUCAGUUACCCUAGAGUUGCUGCUUCGGAAGUCGGUUCAGAAAGACACCUCGGCCACCACUUCAAGGUAGAAAGAAAAGAGAAGAGAGAGAAGAGUUACAGAGAUUGUCACUUCACAAGUACUCAAGAAGAUGCUCGAGCUGGACUUCAGUGAACGAACGGAAAACAAGGAGCAAUAAUAUUCACGAGAAGACAUGAAGUUUCUGAAGAUAGUCAGUCAGAGAAUUCGUCACACGGAAGAUCGUAAUUAUGAAAUUCCCCUUCCUUUCCGCGUUGACAGCCAAUGGUUUCCUGAUAAUAGAGGAAAAGACCUUCAAAGAGCACAGGGUUAACAAAGAAGCUUAUUAAGAAUGAGAAGUUUUACAAGGACUAUGUUAACUUUAUAGGCAACAUCAUUACCAAGGGAUUUGCUCGGAAGGUACCUCAGGCCACUUAAAACAUGACUACCUAACUGAAUAUGCGUAUUUUGAUAAAAUGCUAUUUAGAACGGUGUACUUCUAUCAAUGAUCCUGAAAACUGAACUACAAAUGUAGCUUAAUGGCCUUAGCAAUAUGAGUGCAUUUUAGAAGCUCAAAUUUUCGUCACGUGACUGAUAAUUGAGAAUUAACGGUCAAAAUAUUUACUCUAAAAUGGGGGAAAGGAUAAUGAAAGAGCAACAAGUUCUUUUAGGUACAUUUUAGAGGCUAUUAAAAAGGUUCUUAUAAAUUCGCCUUGUAUGUGUGUUUACGUUAUAUAGGAAUCGGUUAAUAAAGGGAAAAGGGUCACGUGACUUAUUAAUUAGUUAAAUAGCUAAUAGGAUAAAUACCAUUUCCAAUCAUACAAGGCGAAUUUACGAUUUACACUGUUUAUGUAACAUUUUGGUAGUGAAAAUUCGUAAGAUUAAGGUUUGCAACCCUUCCUCGUUUAGUAAAACGUGUUUUGUGACGUCAUUGAUGAAGCGAUGUCACGUGUUAUUUGAAAUCACGUUUCACGUGUUUUUUUCGUUGAGACACAUUUGUAGUUCACUUUUCAGGAGCACUGAUGGAAGCAAACCGUUCUAAACAGCAUUUACUAAAAUAUGCAUAUUUAAUUAGGUAGUCAUGCCUUAAGUGGCCUGAGACUGUCUGGUACAUACCCCAUCAUGGCGUUUACCACGCCAAGAAGCCAAACAAGAUAACGCUGGUGUUCGACUGUAGCCUAGAUUUGGAGGAGUAUCGCUCAACUACAAGUUGCUAAAAGGGCCUGACCUGACAAAUCGACUUGUUGGUGUCCUUACAAGAUUCCGCCAAGAGCCCAUUGCGUUUAUGGGUGACAUUGAUACAAUGUUCCAUCAGGUCGGUGUACCAGAAGGCCAGCGAGACUUCCUUCACUUCCUUUGGUGACCUGAUGGAGACCUAUCAAAAGACCUUGAAAAAUAACAAAUGAACGCCCACUUGUUCGGCGCAGUGUCAUCGCCAAGUUGCUCAAACUUUCCGCUGAGAAAAGCCGCAGAUGACACAGAAAAGAUUGUUGGAGCAGAGGCCGCAGAUGUUAUGCGAAAGAACUUUUACGUUGACGACUGUCUGCGCUCCGAAUUCGAAGGAAAAGAAGAAAGCGCUAUCGAAAGGAUACGUGAUGUUCGCCAUGCUUGCGCCCGUGGAGGGUUUAAUUUGGCCAAGUUCGUCAGCAACAGCAAGACCGUUCUCGAAAGUAUCCCGGAAGAAGAACGUGGCCCAGAAGUUAGAUCGUUAGAAUUAGGAAGUGAUUACUAUCCAGUGUAGAGAGCUCUUGGUGUCCAGGGGGCAAUGGAAUCGGACAUGUUCGGUUUCAGAAUUGUCAUCAAAGGCCAGCCACUAGCAAGAAGGGGAACUGGGUAUAGCCGCUCCCUUCCUGUUAGUCAGGAAGAAGAUUUUGCGGGAUUUGUGCUGAACGGUGCUAGGUUGGGACGACAAGAUUUGCGAAGAGUUCCGCCUACGUUGGGAAAAGUGGAGAGGCCAGUUGCCUACACUUGAGCGUCUCUCUAUGGAACGAUGUCUGAAGCCCAAUAACUUUGGCGCUGUCGAGUCGAGACAGAUCCACCGUUUCUCUGACGCAAGUUCGACUUGUUAUGGUCAAGUAUCUUACCUUGGAAUGGAAAACGAGAGAGGUGACGUCCAUAGCGCAUUCCUUAUAGGGAGGGCUCGAGUUGCCUCCGUGAAGACCAUUGCUAUCCCUCGUUUAGAGUUAACCGCAGCCGCUGUAUCGGUCGGUUCUUGUGGUAGAGAUGAUCUCUAGAGAACCAGACGAACCUGUUAAUAGCAGGCACUUCUGGACGGACAGCACAACCGUGUUAAAGUACAUACGUAACGAAAAGAAGCGUUUUCAAGUCUGUCGCCAACAGCGUUUAGACGAUACGAGUCGCGAAAAUUCCCACCAGUGGGGGUACGUUGAGUCCAAAAGGAAUCCAGCAGACGACGCUUCCCGUGGCCUUGACGGUCAAGAAUUAUCCGUGGAGUGUCGUUGAAUUACAGGUCCGAACUUCUUAUGACUUCCCGAGAGUGAGUUGCCAGAACUCCCUUAUGACCUAGACGAUAUCCCUGUAAACGACUCUGAAGUUAAAAAGAUCUUGGUACACAGCACGGACGUCGAUGAGACCAAAAAUUUUCUGACGAGGCUCACGCGAUUUUCCGAAUGGCACCGACUGAAGAGAUCUAUUGCUUGGAUACUCCGUCUCAAGCCUAAGCAAAAUAUUACUGACGAUGGUACAAAGAGAGGUGGAAACGCCACAAAAGCUGAAGUCAAGCCUCUGACAGUAGAAGAGCUGGAUAGAGCUGAGAAGACCAUUCUUAAACUUGUACAGCGUGGAGCGUUUCCCAAGGAAAUAGGAGCCUUACAGAAGAUUCAAAGAGCAUAUUCCUACGACAAUCGACAUAUUCGCAAAGGCGAAGAAGUCUGAAAUCAAGAAAUAGAGUACCCUGUUCCGCUCGAUCCCUUUCUAGACAAGGAUGGACUCAUCUGCGUUGGUGGUAGACCAGGUGAUUCACAGGAGUUCGCAGAAGACUUUAAGCAUCCGGUUAUCCUCCCGAAGAAGAGUUUCAUCGUCGACCUUUUCGUUCGCGACGCUCAUAAGAAAGUCGCUCACGCUGGCAGAGGCAUAACGUUGAACGAGCUUAGAAGCCGAUAUUGGAUAGUUAACGCGAACUCGGUUGUCAGGCAUCUCAUUUACAAGUGUGUUGUAUGUCGUCGUCCUCGAGGACCAACCAGUCAACAGAAGAUGGCUGAACUGCCAGAGGAGAGGAUAACAUCUGCCCCUCAGCUCCCAUCACGUAUUGUGGUGUCGAUCUGUUUGGUCCCUUUCAAAUAAAGCAAGGCAGAAAAGAAGUCAAGCGCUAUGGGGUACUAUUUGCGUGCUUAGCAAGUAGAGGAGUACUCAUCGAAACAGCAGACUAGCUAGAAACAGAUUCCUUCGUGAACGCACUAUGAAGAUUCAUAGGAAGGAGAGGGCCAGUACGCGAGAUCAGAUCACACCAGGGAACCAACAUUGUGGUAGCGCAGUCCGAGCUUAAGAAAGCCCUUGAGGAGAUGGAUUAUGUUGACAUCCAAAGACGCCUUAGCAAGGACUUCAAUUCUGAUUGGGUUAUCAAAUGGAAAAAGAAUCCCCCAGCUGAGUCUCAUAUGGGUUGCGUCUGGGAACGCCAGGUACAGUCUGUUCGAUCCAUUUUAUCCGCGCUGAUGCGAGAAUAUGGUCACGCCCUUGAUGAUGAGUCUCUUAGAAUCUUGUUGGCUGAGGUAGAAUGCAUCAUUAACAGCCGUCCGCUAACCGUCACGUCUAGUGAUCCCGGAGAUUUGUAUCCUUUUAAUGCCGAGUCACCUAUUGACGAUGAAAUCAAAGAUCGUAACGCCGCCCCCGGGUAACUUCCAGAAGGCCGAUAUCUAUCUCCGUCGAAGAUGGGAACGGGUUCAAUGUUUGUCCAACGUUUUUUGGUCGACAUGGAGAAAGGGCACGUCCAGACCCUACGGGAGAGAGUGAAAUGGAACAAACCGAGAGGAAACCUUCAAAGAGGGGCCUUGUAUUGAUCGCCGGUGAUAGAGCGCCAAGGAAUCAAUGGAAACAUGGCUCGAGUUGUUGACUUACACCCAGAUUCAAAGGGACAGGUCCGAUCGGUGUUGGUUGCUACGGAAACGACAACGUUGGAGAGGCCAAUUCAGAAGCUCGCGCUGAUACUAGAGUAUGAAGAAGACUUAGGACCAGGGAUAUAUCCCAGCCUGAGGAGCCACGGAGAGUUAGAAAUGUUCAAUGAACUUUAAUGCUUAAUUGACAAUUUAGGGCAUAAGUAGGGGACCCAGAUGUUACGGCCGCAUUUCACGUCAAAUAUGUCUAGUGUUUAGUUCUUUGUUUAGUUUUGUACAUUCUUCUCAGUUAUCGCAAUUCAUAUUCUGUCAGAUUUCGCUGCAUAAUUUUCUUUGUCUGUAGACACCGUUAUUUUAGAUUCAUUUCGCUUUAGCGUUCACAGUAACAUCAUCGCAGUUUUCGCUUAGUUAGUUUUUUUAGCCAUCAUUUGUCAGUAUUUCCGCUUAGUUUCUUUCCUUUUCCUGUAUUUUCGUCGUUUCAUUGCUGUCAUUUGUAUUCCUUAGUAAUUUGUAAUUUUGUUUUGCUUUUAGCAACCUUAGUCGUAACUCGUUAUAACUGUAAUAAAGACGAGUUGGAACCGUGGACUAUACUUGGACUAUUCGCUACAAUAGCGCUCUUAGCUUAUCCAGCUAGUUUACAGGCACUCCACUUAAAUAAUAAGAGACAAAUAAUCCAAACAGAACAUGACAGGAUUAAAAAAACCCAACUUCCCUCCUUUACUUUUCCUACACUUCCUAUUGCCAAGGCCACUCAAUAAUCAGCUAGAGUACAAUCUAAGGAAAUUAAAACGCAGGCGAAAUCUUUUUGUUUAAUGAGUUCAUCACCUGUAAGACAAAGAGGGCAGAUAACUUUUUUCCAUUUCGAUACUUUAACUAGUAUGAUUAAUUGUUAUUGUAGUAAAAAGUAAUUUAUUUCGUUAAUUCAGUAUUUUUCUGCAAGACAAUAUUAUUAAACUAUUAUUAAACUGGCAAGAGGCAACCAUAUCAACAAGGGUGGCCGAGAAUUUGAACUCGGGACGACCGAGUACAGAUCCAACAAGAAGCCAGAAAGGAAUCGAACCCGGCACCGCUGGGUUUCGAGUCCAAGCGCUCACUAUUCGGCCACGAAGUUGAGGAUAGUGUUCUAAACAAAACCUUUACAUUUCCUGAGAUACUUGGCUAAGUAGAAUGACUUUUCAAUGCUUUUCAGGAAAACUUGGAUACGGAAUGGAAAUUCGCAAGGGCAAAAAUGUGGUUACAUUGGUUUCACAAGAAAAGCGUUCUUCCGCCUCCAUUAAGCAUCUUGUAUGUGGUGCUUCCAAUGUGCUGGGUUAUUAGACGACUUUUCAAAAUCUGUUCCCCAGAAAUGAACACCAAAUCUGGCGGGAUUGAUGAACAGCAGGUAAAAUUCAGUAAGAAGAUAAUUCAAUAUGCACUAGUUUCGACAAGGCAAAAUUAGUAGUAUAGGAGAGACCGAAUUAACCCCUUUUUUGCGCAGGAAUCUCAUUAGCGUGCAUAGGAAUACAUUAACUAGGUGACGUCAUAGGCUAUUGUCUUGAUCUCAUGAAUAAAAUGCGCUGGAAUCUCAUAAAGAUAAGGUCAUGUGCUAUUUUUAGAUGUAUGAUGUCAUGGUUGGUAUGACAGGUUUUAGUUAUUUUUAGCGCAAGAAUCUCAUUAGCGUGCGCAGGAAUACAUUAACUAGGUGACGUCAUAGGCUAUUUUCUUGAUCUCAUGAAUAAAAUGCGCAGGAAUCUCAUUAAGAUAAGGUCGUGUGCUAUUUUAAGUUGGUUUAGGUUUUCUAGUUACUUUAAGGUCGAUAAACGUCUUCGUUUUCUAUUGGUUAGUUAGAAAAUAAGAAAAGUUUUCAUUGUUUAAUUCAUAGUGCCUGAGGAGUAAAGUCAAACUUGUCUCUGACUUAAAAUCACUGAGACGUAACGUAAUUAUGCAAGUCCUAUUUCCUGCUGCUGCGAUUGUCCUAGUUCCGGUUCACUGAUUUUUGGAGGGUAAAUCGUGUUAAUUACUUUAAAACAUUGUUAGUAUUUGCAAGAGCGUUCCUUCAGAAGAUACUUUAUUAAACCAACUAGCAAUUAGAUUUCGCUAAGUUUAGUAUAAAUUGUCCGUUCUAAUAUAGAGAAUAAUUGAAAAGCUUCUAACUUUUCAAAGAAGAGUGGGCAGGGGAUGGAAUCAUUGGUCUAAGUAGUAAAACCUACUAUCGCUUCGGGAGAAAAGACAAGUUCAAUUUCAAAGGAGUUAAUAAGAAGACAAACGAAAUCAACAAAGAGAAAUACUUGAAUGUCUUGUUAACCAAACAGAGCAGUGCCGGGCUAAACAAGGGUUUUCGUAUACCUAUCAACAAAUUCGAGAUAGCUUUGCCUACUUUUACCCCAGAAGAAAAGUGUUGGAGGAUGGAGUUACUACUAUGCCUCUAGAUAUUUAAGUUUGUGUUGUAAUUUCACUGAGUGUAAAAAACUGUAACGUGUGUGAUUCAUAAAUAAAACACUUUAUAAAAAACGCGUUUCUUGUAAUUCUCUGACUUGAAGCACGAGUACGUUUCCCACGCGCAACUUCCAUGUGCGAAAGUGUCGCGAGAGUGUGGCGUGUGCCUGAGAAAAAAACAACACUGAAAUUCUACCCUUUAUGCCCUUGGUGCCCGUUGUGCCCUCGAAAAUCAACGAUAAAUUUCGCGUUGUCUCACUGACAUGCAUCAACUAGAUCACACUCAGCGGAGAAUGUACCUGCAAAACUACAACCAAAAGGUAAAGUGAAACAGGCCAGAAAAGCCAUAACCAGGCCUGAAAGGCCAAAACCAGGCCAAAAGGGACAAAAGGAGACAAUCGGGCCAUUUCUAGUUAUGUGUCUUUAUUUUCUCAAACACACGCGUGGGUGUCGCGCAUCGCUAGUCACGCAACAGCUCUCAACAUUGGAAUCAUCAUUCUUAUUAAGUGUAAUCACAAAUAACAGUGCCUAAUUAAAAAAGGUUUGACCGUGAAUUAGUAAUUGGUAUUUCAAAUUUCAGAUUUUUUUAUUUAUUGUACAAGUUUACUAUUAUUGUUAUUAUUUUCAAGUCAGCAAUAAAACACUCUUAAAGUUUGGUUGUUUACAGUUUUUAUUGAAACGCAACAAUGCAAAGGUCCAGGAAAAAGUUAUUCUAUAACAUUCAUAGUUGGACUAGUCUUCAUCUUGUGGAAUGGGCUGCUUUUGAUACAGUCGAUUGAGUAAGAAUUUUCGCUUAUCGAUCGCUAGUUCUGUCGAUUCCAACCAAUCAAAUCCUUCUGUGUCUUUAAGGUCUUUUUGAGUUUCCAUCACUUUUUUGAAGGUGGGGUCUUCUUUCAUUGCACGCAUCCACUGUAGAUUCUCUAAGAGUACUUUUCUUAGCUCUUUUCUGUACACAGGAAGAAGAGCGUUCUCAGCUUUCACGCGGGCCACAUUUUCUGAAUCUCCGUCCCCUUCGUACUCAUUGAUCAAUGCUUUGAGCUGGGUCUCAGGUACAUUCUCCGCUGAGUGUGAUCUAGUUGAUGCAUGUCAGUGAGACAACGCGAAAUUUAUCGUUGAUUUUCGAGGGCACAACGGGCACCAAGGGCAUAAAGGGCAGAAUUUCAAUGUUGUUUUUUUCUCAGGCACACGCCACACUCUCGCGACACCUUCGCACAUGGAAGUUGCGCGUGGGAAACGUACUCGUGCUUCAAGUCAGAGAAUUACAAGAAACGCGUUUUUUAUAAAGUGUUUUAUUUAUGAAUCACACACGUUACAGUUUUUACACUCAAUCAAAUUACAACACAAACUUAAAUAUCUAGAGGCAUAGUAGUAACUCCAUCCUCCAACACUUUUCUUCUGGGGUAAAAGUAGGCAAAGCCAUCUCGAAUUUGUUGAUAGGUAUACGAAAACCCUUGUUUAGCCCGGCACUGCUCUGUUUGGUUAACAAGACAUUCAAGUAUUUCUCUUUGUUGAUUUCGUUUGUCUUCUUAUGAACUCCUUUGAAACUGAACUUGUCUUUUCUCCCGAAGCGAUAGUAGGUUUUACUACUUAGACCAAUGAUUCCAUCCACUGCCCACUCUUCUUUGAGAAGGUAGAAGUUUUUCAAUUAUCUCUAUAUUAGAACGGACAAUUUAUACUAACCUUAGCGAAAUCUAAUUGCUAGUUGGUUUAAUAAAGUAUCUUCUGAAGGAACGCUCUUGCAAAUACUAACAAUGUUUUAAAGUAAUUAACACGAUUUACCCUCCAAAAAUCAGUGAACCGGAACUAGGACAAUCGCAGCAGCAGGAAAUAGGACUUGCAUAAUUACGUUACGUCUCAGUGAUUUUAAGUCAGAGACAAGUUUGACUUUACUCCUAAGGCACUAUGAAUUAAACAAUGAAAACUUUUCUUAUUUUCUAACUAACCAAUAGAAAUCGAAGACGUUUAUUGACCUUAAAGUAACUAGAAAAUCUAAACCAACUUAAAAUAGCACACGACCUUAUCUUAAUGAGAUUCCUGCGCAUUUUAUUCAUGAGAUCAAGAAAAUAUCCUAUGACGUCACCUAGUUAAUGUAUUCCUGGGCACGCUAAUGAGAUUCCUGCGCUGAAAAUAACUAAAACCUGUCAUACCAACCAUGACAUCAUACAUUUAAAAAUAGCACAUGACCUUAUCUUUAUGAGAUUCCUGCGCAUUUUAUUCAUGAGAUCAAGACACUAGCCUAUGACGUCACCUAGUUAAUGAGAUUCCUGCGCACGCUAAUGAGAUUCCUGAGCAAAAAGGGGUUAAUUCGGUCCCUCCUAUACUACUAAAAUUCGUCACUUUCUUGGCAUUUUUCAGUACAACUGCUUCAUUUGUCAGCUAAAAUGGUACAUUGUAUUACGAAACUGUCCCGACAUAGGCCGCCAUGUUGGCUCUCGUCCCACAACUGUGAAAGGAUAUUGCAAGUGAAAGAGAUAUCCUAAAUAAAAUACACCGUCUACUUAAAAACUAUAACCAACUAAUAAAAAUACUAUAAAAAAUACUAAAUCUAAGUUUAGAAUGUCCGCUUUCCUUGCAUUAACACUAAAGGAGUAUUACAAGUUACGAGAGCCAAUCGGAACGCGAGAAAGUUGCUAUCCACUGAUUCUGUAAAUACUGGAGACUGUGGUUUUUGGUUGUCGUUGUGGUUGUUCAGUCGCUUGCUUUAAUUAUAUGUUUCAUGGCCGAAUGAAUUUACUUUUUUAUUUCUCAGCGACGAGAGGUGAUUAGUCAUCUCGUGCUGAGGUACCUGGCCAAGAGAUCGUGCCCUGCAGAUUCUGGGAGCAACCUGAGUGGCUUAAGGAAAGCAGACCGAGAACAAGAUUUCGACAAUUGUAGUCAGUCAAAUGAAACUGCAAUCAUGGAGACUCUCAUUUGACGGAACUUGUAGUCUGGAAUUCAGACCCAGCACAAUGCGGCCGGGUUUUGGCUUGUAGUGUAUGUGACCAGCUAAUAUCUAGCUUUUUGUAAAUAAUUAAUUUGGUAUCGGGGAAUGCACAGAAAUAUAAUAGGCUGUUCACUAUUCAAUUAUUCCAUCUGGAUAAUUCUCUUCAUUCCAUUUUUCGGCACCCUAAAAAUUGCAUCAUUCAAUUAUACCAACUCGAAAAUUAUCGUUAGUCCAUUAUUCCACCUCCGAAUUGUUUUAUUGUUCAUUCAAACUAUUUCGCCGUUUCUGACUAGCUAAAAUCUCGUGGCUAGUUAUUCAUACCAGCUGGCGCUUAACAUAGUUGGAAGAUGCGAGCAAUAUACCAUGGAUUCGACGUUAUAAGUUUAUUUGCUUGGAAAACGAGGUUGAUCGAUGGUAUAUUGACCUGGAAUUUAUCUAUUUUCUAUGAUUUUUGGUAUCGUUAAUGAAGAAUGGUGGAGUUUUAAGGAGUUCCUUUUGAUUUGUCAAUUAUUUCAUUAAAAAACAUUGGCUUUUUGAAUAAUAGUUAUUUAACUUGGUAGAUAAUUAUACUUAUUAUAUGGGUGAGUCUGUUUUCGCCAUGCGAUUGGUCAUUUUGCGGUCCGUAACUUGCUAUACGGACCAAAAUUUUAAAGACAAUGCUCAUUUCGGAGCGUUAAAUCUCUCUACCUCGGAAAAAAAGGUUGAAAUUAAGUUACAAGACGUCUAUCAACCUUGAGGACUUAGAUUUUCACUUUGUCCUUCAACAUUUUAAACUGUGUUUAUUUGUGAACGAAGGCGGUGAAGAAACUAACUCUUAAUCUUAUCGAAGAGGAUUCUAGUCAGUGUUUGAAAAUUUUAUAGUAGUACACAGUUAAGAAGAGGAAAAUCGACUUUCAGGGACUCGAGAUGUUUUGCCUAAGAGAAAAUGAGUAAUUCCUUCGACAAAUAUGAUAACAAGCAUGCCUGCACCCGAUCAGCUUGACGAGCUUCUUUGUCAUUUGCAGUGUUUUUCCAAAGACCAACAAAAGAAAGAUAGUUUUCAAAAGACUCCAGCGUCACAUUGGCGGGUGAAUACUUACAGUACUCUUAGUUUUGACCGAAUAUACUUAAAAAUAUGUCUGUAAACCAUGAGGACUGAGAUGUGGACUUUGGCUUUUCAGAUUUUAACCUAGCUUUGUUUGAAUGAGAACGAAGCUGAUAUAGAAACUAAAUCGUAACCUUUCCGUGGAAGAAAAUAUGGUCCGUGUUUGAAAAUUUUAACGCAGAUCACGCUUGAAGACGAGAAUGAACCGGCAGAAAUUCGAGAGGUUUCCCCCAAAAAAUUA